AGCUCCGGCUGCUGCUGACCAACAGUGUACCAUUCGGCCUCUUUCACUUCGGUGCUUUCUCAAGAUAUCAACACGCAAUUUUCAAUCAACUUACAUUAACACGUGAUGUAGUUCUCAUAAGCGCAAAAAAAUUUAACUUAAAUAAACAUUUUUUCAAAAUACAUAUUUUUUAAUUCACUUUUAGUGCUUAUAUGUUAAAUAAAAAAAUAAGAAAUUGUGGUGAAUUAUUAAAAUUUUUUUGUGGUGUGAUUUGAACCGCUUGGAUUUUAGUUCAAUUAAAAAUUUCGUUACGAUGUAUAAAAUUAAAAAGAUUAUCUUUUGGAUUUUAUCGAUUACAAGUAUUUGUAGUUGUUCGAAUAUUUUAAUGAUCACUAUGGGUGGAACAAAAUCGCAUAAAAUACCCUUUUGGGAAUUAGCAAGAGGAUUAAUUCCGAGGGGACAUAACAUCACGUUUAUAAACGCUUUUCCACCUGAUUUUCAUUUACAAGGUUUAGAAGAAAUCACUCCGGCUAGUUUUGUUUUUUACGUAAAAAACUUUACUAAUUGGGAUUUGGUUGGGGCGAGAAUUAAAGGAGAAGAACCCGUACAUCCUUUUGAUAUCGUUAGGUACUCAUACGAGACAUGCGAAUUGCUUUUAACGGACCAUGAAACGAGAGGUUUUCUUUCGACGGCAAAAAAUUUUGAAUUAGUCAUAAUGGAUGGGGCUUUUCCAGAAUGCACCCUUGGGUUAUCGUAUUUCCUGAAAAUUCCUUUUAUGUACAUAAAUACAGUGGGAUUUUACACCGGAUCUUUAUCGUUAUCCGGCAAUCCAACGAUGCCUUCAUUUACACCGUUUUACGGAAAAGCUUUCACCGAUAACAUGGGAUUAAUCGAUAGAACUUUGAAUACUUUAUGGUUUGGAGCUGCUAAUUUAAUGCAUAUUUUUGCGAUGAGAUACGUCCAUCAAGUAUUAAAAAAAGAAUUUGGACAAGAGAUUCCUCAUCCUUAUGAAUUAUCGAAAAACGUUAGUUUUAUUUUACAAAAUGGACAUUCAACUUUAACAUAUCCCAGAGCUUAUUUCCCUAACGUUGAUGAAGUUGCUUGUAUUCACUGUAAAACUGCUAAAAAGUUACCAACGGAUCUUGAAGAAUUUAUCAAUGAAAGUGGAGAAGCUGGAUUUAUAUAUUUCAGUAUGGGUUCAUCAGUAAAAGCAGCAAAUAUGCCUGAAUAUUUAAGAAAAAUGCUUCUUUACGUUUUUAAACAACUCCCACAAAGAGUUCUUUGGAAAUUUGAAGAUGACAUGAUGGAUAUUCCACCGAAUGUAAAAUUAAGUAGAUGGCUUCCUCAACAAGACAUUUUAGGUCACCCUAAAUUAAGAGCUUUCGUAACCCAUGGUGGAUUAUUAAGUAUGUUCGAAACAGUUUAUCAUGGAGUUCCCAUUGUUUCUUUACCGGUUUUUUGUGACCACGACGCAAACGCGGCCAAAGCUGAAUUAGAUGGUUACGCUUUAAAAUUAGAUUUGGCCACGUUAACUCCUGAUAAGCUUUUAAAAUCCAUUAAAAAAGUUAUUCACGAUCCAAAAUAUAAACGGCAAGUAAAGAAGAUGCAGAAAUUGUUUAGGGAUCAAAAAGAAACUCCGCUACAAAGGGCUGUUUAUUGGACUGAGUACGUUUUGAGACACAAAGGAGCCGAACAUCUUCAAUCGCCUGCAAGGAAUUUAAACUUUUUCCAGUACUAUUUAAUAGACGUAAUCAUGUUAAUAGUUGCCUCUAUAAUAAUUAUACACCGGUUGAUUAAGGUUUUUGUAAAAUUGAUUUACAGUUACUUAACGGGAAAUUUCUCGUUUCGAAAGAACGUCAAAAUCGAAUAAGUUCAAAAAAGUUAAUUGUGAUCCUGUUUUUGUGUUUUUUAAAUUUCUAUUUAUAAGUACUUAAAUAAAAAAUAAUA